AUGGCCACUUGCAAGCCUCUUCAAAAUCCAGUUUCUAGCAAACCAGAUCACUCCCCAGAAGCUUUACUCCCUUUUUUUGAUCCUCAUAUGUACCGAAGUAUUGCUGGAUCUCUCCAGUAUCUUACCCUCACACGUCCGGAUCUGUCUUAUGAUGUUAAUUUGGUAUGUCAGCACAUGCAUGCUCCUUUAAAUCAACAUUUCAAAGUACUUAAAAGCAUAUUGAGGUAUGUUCAAGGCACUCUUCAUCUAGUCUUACCAAUUACAACCGACAAACAUGAACUCAUUGCAUUUGUUGAUGCUGACUGGGCCGGAGACAAGCAGGACCGCAAUUCCACUACUGGUUAUUGUAUUUUUCUUGGUGCAACUCUCAUCAGCUGGAGUACCAAAAAGCAGGCUACAAUAGCAAGAUCCUCUACUGAGUCGGAAUAUAGAGCUCUCACUACUGCAGUCACUGAGAUUGUUUAG